UGCCUUAAGCAGGGCUUGUUAGUCAUAAGCUUGUCGAUAGUAUAAAUCAAGUAUAAAUAUUGUUAUUAUCUGUGAGUUAAUCUAUACUUUGUGACAAGCUAUUUCAAACAAAAUAUUCGAUUCAGUGUUUGAAUUUUAUCACUUGAAUAUUUAAUAAUAUUUUUGAAUAAUCGUGGGACAUUUUAAAUUUUUAUUGUUUGUUUAUUACAAGGCAUAAGAACAAACUUUACAAACAUGUCUUCGUAUAAACCUAUUGAUUCAAAACGAGAAGAAUUUAGACGGUAUUUAGAACGUGCAGGAGUAAUGGAUGCUCUUACAAAAGUCCUUGUAAGUCUUUACGAGGAACCAGAUAAACCAGAAGAUGCGUUAGAGUAUGUGCGUAAACACCUUGGCACAGACGGUGGAGAGGAUGAGUUAGAGGUUGCCCGCGCCCGUAUUGCAGAGCUCGAAGCAGAAAAUGCACUGCUUAAAGGAGAAACAGCUCCAACGGAAGGAUAGUCUUAUUUUAGUAUUAAUCAUAUUAUUAAUUUACUUGAUCUCAAUGUGACAUGAUCUCACCCUUGUUGAUUCUAAAGAAAUGUAACUUAGUUAUAUAUCUGAGACUAAUAUUUUUGUUAUACUUAAAAGAUGUUUAAUUUCAUGUGCAAGUGCACAAAUAAAUUUUUUGACUAAUAA